UGCAACGAACAGACACACAGUCACAUACAUAGAAACCCAUUAUUCCCAAUUUCCCAAUUUCCAUUAGGCAGAGCAAAGUAAUCGCAAAAUCUAGGGUUUGUUCGUUCGCUCGUUCGCAACAAUGGCGCUGAGGAGAUUCUACAACGAGAUCAAGGGGAAGAGGGUGAGCGAGGUCCCUGAGCACGUGAAGCCGAUGCUGUCCCUGAGCUACAUCAAGAAAGCGAUUCAGAGAGGCUUCGACAAUUACCAUGCCAAGUACAUUGAAACCAGUUCCCCUGAUCCCAUCUUCCAUGUCUGCUACGGCGGCAUGAUCUUCUCCUACCUCGUCGCUCUCCCCCACGAGCGCCGCCACCUCCUCCACGCCCAGGAGCACGCUCAGCAGCAUCACUGAUUCCAUCCACCUUCAGCAGGAUCCUGGUUGAAUUGGAGGUGGUUGGCUUGCUUGAUCUUUGUUUUAAAAUCUGAAAAAUCAAGGCAGAAAGAUACUGUCAGCUUCUGUGUAUUUCAUCAUUUGGAUGAUAAAAUAAGUUCUAUUUGAUACAAUUCUCAAUUUUCUUGCAGUUAAAUGUUUAAUUGAAUGUGUGAAAAAUGAGCAUACUUUUUUAUUUGGUUCUGUCUUUUAGGUCCUCUUGAUGUGGUGAUGUAAUUUUGCAACUGUUCAAAUUAUGGGAUAGGUUUCAUAUCUCAAACAAAUCAUAGACAGUGUGCCUAAGUUAAAUUUUUUUAAGGCAAAUCUGAAUAAUGGAUUUAAUCUCUUGA